CGUGAGAAAGUUAUACUCAGUGUUCUUCUCCUUUGUUAUAAAAGUGUUAAAAGUUUUAUCAUAGAAAGUUUUAUCAUAGAAAUGUUAAAUGUCCAUUGAAAUUAUACUUGUUCUCGUUCAGAAUAUUAAUCUUUUGGUGAACUUUUGUGUUUGCUCAGGUCUGGAGUACAGUCCUUCUUGGAGUCCCACAGCACCGCCUUUGAGUUUCAUACCGCAAGAACCGGCGUGUUAUUCUCAUUCAUUUCGCAAUGGCCGACGCAUCCCGCUAAACAAGAGGCGCAAUAAACAGCUAACUCCUACUCAUUCUUGGUUAACUGCUACGCUUAGAGGGCAUACCGGUUUCAUCAGCGACAUGAGCUUUUCCAACAAUGGCAGAUACCUUGCAAGCUGUGCCGACGAUCGGAGCUUGCAACCAGGAGAACAUGUGCAGAGCCACUAUAGGCCUAGAUCGCGGACAGAGACAAACGUGACAUCGAUACUACCCUCGCCGCACUCGAAUGUGAUGCUUCCAUCGAGAAUAAACCACAAUCGAUAUCAGCACAGGAAUCAAGAAAGGAACCCCCAAAUACGAGGACAAGUCAUGAUUGACAAUGUGUAUAGACGCUACAAUAGCGGAGGAAAAAUUUGGCCACCGAUGUAUUUUCCUGUUGAAAAUAUGGGUGUGAAUCUAAUACAACAGCAGUACGAGCAAGCUGUUUAUGUCAACAACUUAUAUUACGACGAUUACAAGAGCGAACGGGAGAAUAUACCCCUAAAUGACAGCUCUCUAUGGCAAGAAAUCGAGAUUUAUAAAUUGAAGUUGAGCGAUUUGAUUGAACGAGGUUACCCUGUAGAGUCGCCCGACUUUCCAGGUUGCGCGAUGAUAAAAAAUAUAACAUAUCCGAGCAGCCCGAAUUUUACCCGCAAUUUUAUCACUAAUACUGCAGAAGAGAAAAAUGACAAGAAAGAUCCAGAUAGCGGUAAUUGCAGUAGUAGUUCGACCGACAGUGCUUCCGAACAGGAGCAAAAGAGUUUGUCCGAUAAGUGCAUCGGCGGUGAAAAGAAGUCAGAUAGCAAGAAAAAAUGCGAUGUGUUGUCGCAUCGAAAGAAGAGGGAGUGCGUCAGAUGCCACAAGUCGUUCUACACUGAUUACUCUGGCAAGUACGUGUCCAAGCAACGUUGCGUCUAUCACUGGGGCAAAUUGUUCGACAGAAGGAUCAACGCCGAGUUAAAAUGCAAAUAUUGGACGUGCUGUCAAAAUUCAGAAUUCUCGUCCGGCUGUGAGACAGGAGUACACGUGUGGAAUGGCUUGAUGCCCGGACAAAAUGGACCAUUUACGGGUUAUGUGCGUACCUUGCCAUCCAACCAACGGAUGCAUGAUAAUAACUAUGGCAUUUAUGCUAUAGAUUGCGAGAUGUGCUAUACACUAUACGGUCUCGAGCUCACCAAAGUCACCGUUGUAGAUCUGUAUGGCAAUUUAGUAUACGACACGUUAGUCAAGCCAAGAACUAAAAUCAUCGAUUACAACACUAGAUUCAGCGGCAUUACGGAAGAGCAAAUGUUGAACGUCACCAUGACCCUCGAGCAAGUCCAGGAAGAGCUAAUAACCUUCAUCCACGCCGAGACGAUUCUUCUCGGUCACAAUCUGGCGAGCGAUUUCAAAAUGUUGCACUUGUUCCACGAAAAUGUCGUCGAUACUACCAUGAUGUUUCCGCACGAUUAUGGAUUUCCAUAUUGUAUAGGAUUGAAGACCUUGGCGCGGAAGGUGCUCAGGCGGAGCAUACAAGAGAAUACGCAUGACUCCAUCGAGGAUGCCCGGGUCGUUGUGGAUCUAGUGUUGCGAAAGGUGCAUUACGAUGUCACACAUCGGUAAUGGAAAAUUUCACGUAAAGAAGAAGAAUCUUUACGAGAUCGUAUCUGUCUUGACUUUCGAAUUGAAAAAUGACAAAAAUGGCGCGUAUUAUGGACAUUCUUGUAAGAUAAAGAUGAGCAUGGAAACGCGCUAUACUUUUAUAAUUAGUUUUGUAAUGUCCCGUGUGUUUCCCAGUGAAAUCUGUGAUACGGAUAUUGUGUUCCUUUCGUUCGUUUUAGCGCGUGCACAUGCAUAUAACGCGCACACUUUCGACAAACAUCAUAGAUAUGAUGAUGAGUAAAUCUGGCAGUCGAACGCUUCUUAAAAAUUUUAAAGGUCUCUAUAAAUCUCUAUUAUGUUAUACAUUUCUAUAUUUCUAUAUUUCUCUUUUCUUUAUACUCUACUCUUAUACUCUUAUACUCUAUAUUACUUCUCUACUAUACUUCAAAUGUAUUCUCUCUUCUUAUCUACUGAUUUCUAUUCUUUCAAAACUUUACUUUUAUCUUUAAUUUUACUUUCCAACGAUGAUUGAAAAUUGAUCGAAAACUUUUUACAUUCAAACAAAUAAUUAUGUUCCACUAUUAUCGCAACAUUACUGAAUCUCUUCUCUUUGGUGUGCACGUUUUUAUUUAUGCGUUGUAUGUGUUUUACAUUGUAUAUGCGUCAAUUGUUACUGUUUUAUACAUUGUACAAAUCGUAUUAUCAUUUCAUGGAUCACAAUUUUGUAUCUGUAAAAAUCAAUGUAUGCAAAAAUCUAUAUAUGUAUUUAUAUGGAUACGUAUCAGCGUUUAUUAUUCAUUAUCGUAUCCAUCCCAUCAUGCAAAUCCCAUCAUACAUAAUUCAUUCGAUAUCUCUUUUUUCCCCGCGAGAAGGUCGCGCGGCGUCAUUGAUGAUGGUAAGUGUCUCUUGUUGGCUUCCACCGACGCAUAUAGUACGCAUGUAAAUUUCGCUCGGAACGACACCGUGAAGUUUUUUUAGACGAGGACACGUGGCGUGACACUGGUUAUACGACGGCUCGAUGAAUACAACAUAACGAAAUCAAAACACGCACGAAUUUAAUUUGACUGAAAUCUAAUAGAUAAAAAAAUAUAUCUCUCUGUAUUAUCUCGUCGCGCGUUUAAUCGCAUCAUUAAAAAUCCAGGAAAUCAUCUUUAGAAACAACAUUUCUCACGUGACUAACGGUGAAUAUUACAUUGAGUUUAAAAAUCUACGGAAUUACAUUUUUGUACAAAUAAAUACAUCGACACGAAUGAAAGGACACGUGGAUUAUAGCCAAAGUUGAUAUCCCAUGUGUUAUCAGCGGGGGUAAAGGUUUUCGCUUUAUACGUGCUACCAAAUUGUAAUAUAUUAAGUAAUUUCGUGAACCACGUACCGUUAUUACAUAUAUCGCCACGUGUCUGACAUAACGGGACUUGUGUCGCGUUCAUGUUUUUAUCAAUUUUUGACAAGAAUACACGGCGAAUCACGUAAUAUGCGAUAUACAUACGGAUAUGUAUUAAUAAUGAUCUCAUGAGACCGACUAUCCGCGCUUCUAUUGACAUCGCAUGUUCCAUCAUUAUCACAACUAAUCGCUUCUCAUUUAAUAAUUAUGCAACAGCAGAAUUUUAUAUCACGAUCGAAUAUUCAACCAUAAAUAUCUACAAUAAAUUACGUAAUAUAGAAAUUUAACGUGGAUUUUGUAACGAGAUAGUAUUGUAAAGUAUAUUUUUCUACCUUCGCAUAUAUCGAUGUACAUACAUAUAUAUCUCCUAAGUUUUAAUUAUAAGUAACGUUACACACGCGAUUAUUCCUUUAACGAUGAGUAAAAUUACGUCAAACUGUUUAAAAAAAUUUUUUUAGGCAACGAAAUAAUAACCGAUCAUGAAAAAACUUGCGAAUCUCUAUUUUAAAUAAAGUUUUAAAAAUUAACAACGGAAAGAGAAAUACAUAUAUAACACCGAGUUAGUCGGUUAGAUUUUACUCAUCGUGGCUCAUCUAGCCGUUCAAAAUUCGGUAUUAACAACGUAAUCAAGAAAGGCAAAAAGAACAAGAAACUAAUGCAUUCAUUUGCUUUCGCUCUUUCGGCACGAGUUAUUUUGAUCUUAUUGUCAAUAUGUAUUCUACAUGUGAUGCAUAAUCACAUUUUAUCGCUUAUAACGCAAUGCGCGCGUUAUGAUUUUAUCGAUGAACUUAAUUACUUUAUUUCAGUACUAUGCUUAAUUCUAGAAGUUAGAUAUUUUUUGCAAGAGAAUAACAAGAGAGGUCUGUUGAACUCUUUAACUUUGCGCGAAAAAAUGUUUAAGAAUACGUAUAAAUUUCAAUGUUUAUUUUUUUUGUCAAUUCACUCAGUUUAAAGUCUUGAAACUCUGGAAAGAUAACAAAGAAUUUUUAAAGCGAGAUAAUGGUAGGAAAGGAGUUCAACGGAUGCCUCCUCUCUCUCUCUUCUAAGAUUAAGAGAGGAUUGUCAUAUAACAAUGAAACUGUUAUAAAUAUACAACCGGAUUAUCU